GACUUCCGCUUUCCUUUAAUUUACUUCCGAAUGGAGUCAAGCUAUCAAGCGUUAGCUGAAAUUUCAUCGUAACGCGCGGACAGUUUUCAUGACCAGCCAUGGGGAAGUCAUUUGCCAACUUCAUGUGUAAAAAGGAUUUUCACCCUGCGUCGAAGUCUAAUAUCAAAAAGGUAUGGAUAGCAGAGCAGAAACUCACUUUCGAAAAGAGAAAGCAGGAAGACCUGAUGCAGGCCUAUCUGAAGGAGCAAGACACCUACAACAACAGGGUGUUGAUGGGGGAUGAUCGGGUUAAAAAUGGCCUCAAUUUCAUGUAUGAGGCUCCACCGGGAGCGUCCAAAGAGGAGAAAGCAGAGGAGGGAGAAGAAGAGUACAAAUUUGAAUGGCAGAAGGGAGCCCCCAGAGAAAAGUAUGCUAAAGAUGACAUGAACAUCAGAGAUCAGCCUUUUGGAAUCCAGGUGCGCAACGUGCGCUGCAUCAAAUGCCACAAGUGGGGCCACGUGAACACGGACCGAGAAUGCCCUCUGUUUGGACUGUCGGGCAUCAACGCCAGCGCCAUGGCGUCGGAGGAGACGGCAGGUCCCUCCAUGCACCCUUCGGAGCUCAUGGCCGAGAUGCGUAACAGUGGCUUUGCCCUCAAGAAAUGCGUCCUUGAUCGCAGCGCCACCAUUUGUGAUACAGUGCAGGAAUAUGUUGCGAGUGACCAAGAAGAAGAUCCAGAGGUGGAAUUUUUGAAAUCUUUAACAACCAAGCAGAAACAGAAGCUGCUCAGGAAACUCGACCGUCUGGAGAAGCAGAACUCCAAGAAAAAGACGAGCAAAAAGGAGAAGAAAAAGAGCAAACGGAAGCACAAGAAAAAGCAAGAGAGCAGCGACAGCUCGAGCAGCAGCAGCAGCGACAGCGACGACUCGUCCGACAGCUCCAGCGACUCCGACGGCAACUUCAAGAGCCAAAAGAAGAAUAAGAAGAAGAAGAAGGCGUCCGCCCGCGCGCGCAGCCCCGACAGGCCGCAUCAGAGCCGCCAAAAGGCUCCGGCCAGCCCGCACGACGGAGAACGUCGACACAUGCGGACACAGAGAGCGAGAAGCCCCGAGGAGAGGAGGAAGAAAAGGGAUCUGCCGGAGGGAGGUCGAGAACGCAAACGAGAGCGGAGCCGAAGCGGCGAGCGCCAUCACAGACCAGACGCUGAGAGGAGGAGGAAGGAAAGGGCGCCGAGUGAGAGAAGUCGAAGCAGAGAGAGAAGCAGAAGUCGCGUCAAGAGCAGUAGAAAACACUGAGGGCGCCUUCACAACUCUCGAUCCAUAUUUCUCUUUGAAAAGGCUCAAGAGCCGU